AUGUCGCGGUCCACUGUACAGGAUGCCAGCAUGGCUGAGACACAGUACCAAGUUGUGACCCCAGCCGCUCUUGCUGGAACCAUCAAGUACGCCAAACCGCAAGAUCUUCCCAGCUUUCCCUCACACGGCUUGCGACAAGACGGCGCUGCAGCAGGUGCCGCAGCGUCAUUAGGCUGGGCGAACCAGAAGCCCAUCAACCCGUGGCGACCUGACAAGUCGUCAUCCGCAUCCGCCGCUGCCGUUCUAGCCAAGGACUACAAAAUGGCGCCCCAGUGGGAACCAAACGUCAGCUCUGCUGGCGCCAAAGCCGCGCUCCUCGCAACGCAGUCCGCUGGCAAGUCGCAAAACUCAUCCAGCACAGCACGACCUUCGCCCACCGCAGGUUGGGGCAACUCGGCCGCCGCUCAGGCCACUCAGGCCGCGCUCAACCAACGGCACUCCACGGCGCCUCAGUCACCUUCCAAGGCAUCGUCUAAUAGCAACCCCGCAGCAGCACAGGCGGCUGCCGCCAUGAAGAAGCACACGCCAUCUACUUCUAUUUCAUCCUCGCAAGCCGGCUGGGGCAAUUCCGCUGCCACUCAAGCAUUCAAGACCAGCCAAUCUGUGCGAAAGCCUACCACAACACCUAGCUCCGACCAAGCCAACACCAACGAGCGGAAUGGUCUUGGAUCGUUGUCGGCUGCCCAGAGCGCCAUGCCUGCGAGACGGCGACCUCGAGCAGCCUCUACCCCCAACACUGACGCGCUCGAGGCCAAAGCAGCUGCCAGUGCUCUCAGUGCCGCAUCGGCUUACCAUGGACCGACACAUGUUCACAUCCACCCGGCGUUCAGCAAGUCAGAGGAUGAAAAACGAGCCGAUCUUCUUCACGCAUCAGCGGUGGCCAUGGCUAAGAAGAUGUACACGCAGCAGGAGAAAAUGGCCACCCAGACUCGGAGUAACCAAGACGUCGAGUCUGACGUCGCAAGCGCCGAUGAUCAACCCAGGCCAUAUGUGAACCUUCAGGAGGCCGCUUACAAGAUGGCGCAAGAGAGACUUGCGAAGCUGGAAGCUGAGCAUGGUCGCAGCAGAGAGUACCAAGAGUACUAUGGCAACAGCGGAAGCAUUCCAGGCCGCCGCAACACUCUUCAGCGACGCUUCACAUUGAAGCCCAAGCUACGCAGGCGUUCUUCAAGCGAGGGUGAUGGUGAUGAUCGCCAGCAGUCAGAGCGCAUUCGGCAGCAAAUGUCUAUUUUUUCAACAAACUUGUCGAAAGUUGACGAGCAGAAGCGAUCCAAGGACCGGGAAAUGCUCCUCGCAGCUGCACAGAGGAACGUCAAGGCGCGGCUGCAGGGUAUGGACGACAAGGUAUACGCUGAUACGGGCAAGUCCCGGCCACCGAAGAAGCUGAGUGAAUGGGAGCUCAAGGCGCACGAGGCGGCUCAACAGAUGCACACCUCGCGCAACAAGAACCAUGGCAAAGUCGACAUGGGCGGCGGCAUGUUUAUGAGCCCCGAGGACGUCGACGCCAUUGCCAUGAAGAAGGUCCAGCCUGUGCUCGACGAGAUCAACGAGAAGGCAGCUGUCGAGCGCGAGAAGCAGGAGGUGAUCCGACUAGAGGCUGAAGCCAAGAAGAAGGACGAAGAAAAGGCCAAGGAGCGGGACAGAGAAAUCAAGGCGAUCAACAAACAGAUCAGAGAUGAUGAGAAGCGCGAGGAGAAGGAGCGUCGCCAGCACGAGAAGGCUGAGCAAAAAGCGCAGAAGGACGCCGAGCAUGCUAUCAAGGCCGAGGAGAAACGUCAAGCCAAGGAAGAAAAGCGCAAGUCAAAGCUCACACAAAAGCAAGCUGAGAACCCCAGCACUGCCCACGAUGCCACCAACGACACCGACAGCGACGAGAAUGAGGACAUGGCGGAGGUUCACCCGCAGCCUAUGGUCGAUACAGACACUGCGAACCACUCCAAUGAGGCGCGCAGCCCCAAAGAAGCAGGGUCCCCGACGCACAAGGUCAAGUCGUGGCUCAAGUCACGAUUUACGCGACCCCGCGGCAAGUCAUCGGCUGAUGUCGAGGGCCAGCCCAAGGGUUUUGUCGGUGGCGCGGCCCUCCACAGGGGUCUCAAUGACAGUACGACCAGCCUCGACAACCGUGCCAACAGCAUGCGUGACGUCGCACUGGCGGGUAAGGGACGUGGGCGAUCGGAGACAGCCACAACGCGAGAUUCGGAGCCCAUCAGCGUUGUGAGCUCCGACGAUGAAGGAUUUAAAGACGCGCGCGAUGAUCUUGAGCGGACCAUUACACCGCCGACAAAGAUUAGGGACCCUAAUGAGGAGGCGAACGGGAGUCCGACACGAGACUCGCGAUUUCGGGAGGUUCUGUAA